AUGACGAAUAUCUUUCGAAGUAGUACACAUCAUCCAUCAGGACUUCAAAAAGCUAUUGAAAAAGUUACUGAUGGAAGUCAAGCAACUGAAGAUUGGGGUUUAAUUAUGAAAAUUUGUGAUCAUGUUGGAACUCAUGAAGAAAGCGCAAAAGACGCAAUGAAAAUCAUACGAAAACGUUUACAAACAAAUCCAUUACAACAGGGAUGGCGUAGUAUUGCAUUAACUCUUACUUUAUUAGAAGCAUUAACAAAAAAUUGUGGAAAAAUAUUUCAUAUACAAAUUGCACAUAAAGAUUUUUUAAAAGAACUUAAAGGUGUUAUUGGACCAAAAAAUAAUCCACCUUUAUCAAUACAAGAAAAAGUUCUUAGUAUGAUUCAAACUUGGGCAUUAGCUUUUCGUCAUGAUCCAGAUUUAAAAAAUAUUGAACAUUUUUAUAGUGAAUGUAUACAACAUGGUUUACAAUUUCCACCACCUGAACCAGAAAAUAUUAUUAAAACAUCUUUAACACCUACACGAACUAUUGAACGACCUUUACAACAUACACGAUCUACAUCUCAACAAGGAUAUAAUACAAUCAGUGGACAAAAUCGACCAGUAUCAAAAAGUUUUUCACAUUCCAAUACAAAUAAUCAAACAAUGUCAGCAGAACAAGUAGCAAAAUUACGUAGUGAAUUAGAUAUUGUACAAACAAAUGCACAAGUAUUUGGUGAAAUGCUUAUAACAUUACAACCGGGUGAAGAAAAUCCACAAGAUUUUGAACUUUUAAUGGAAUUACAUAAUACAUGUAAACAAAUGCAAGCUCGUGUUAUUGAAUUACUUUCUCAAACAUCUAUUGAUGAUAUAACAGUCGAUCUUUUACGAUAUAAUGAUGAAUUUAAUAAUGCAUUUAAAACAUUUGAUAAUUAUAUGCAAGAACGUAAUAGACGUUUUGGCGAUUCAACACAAAUGCCAAUAUUAAAUCGAAGUACAAAUCCAAUUUCACAAUCACCAACAAAUAGAAUAUUAUCAUCAUCACAUGACGCUGAUAAUGUACCAUCAUUAAUGAGAUUUGAUGAUGAACCAAUAAAUAAUUUUCAAAACAUGCGUAUUGAUCCAACAUCAUCUAAUGUAGUAUCAAGAAAUACUCAACAACAAUCAACAGCUUCAGCAACAACUCAAUAUGCUACAAAUUAUCAAGUAAGAAAAAUUAGAUUUUCUUUUUUCUAAAACUACAGAAAACUUAAGUCCAAAUAUUGAAUAAUAAGGAUUGUUAAACUAAUAAGAACCUAUUGAUUAUCAAUUUCAUCAUUUUUAAUAGUUAAAGUAAUGCAAAUUUUUUUUUUU